AUGCCAACCAUUAAACCCUUUCUCGGUCGCCGUGACGGCAUCGAAGAUCCCGAGCACUAUCUCGAGGAUAUCGAGUAUGCUAUUAAAAUUGAGAAAUCACAUGUCGACAGCGAUAGCACGGAUUGGAACCACGAUCGUCGAAUUCUAUUCCGCCAAAACUUGAGAGGCAGGGCUGAACUAUGGUACAGCCAAUUGGGUAGAGACCUCAAGAAUGACUGGGAAAGAUUGAAGCGAGAGUUCACCAAACGCUACCGAAUCGAUGAAGUCGACGCAGCCACCCGGCGUUUCCAGAUCACUCAGAAGGUAGCGACCCUCUCGCAGGGACCCAAUGAGCAUAUACUGGACUACGUGAACAGAUGCGAAGACUUGGAAUCACAAGCAGGCACCUUGGAAUCGUUCGGACUGAACGUGGUCCAGGGCUUAGCUGACCGCGCCCAAAAACAACAAAUCAUGUACGAUCUGUUCAAAGGAAAGGACUACUCAUUCGGAGCAGCGAAAGACCUUAUCAAUGCCGCCUCCGGACGGCGGGUCCCCAACAAGUUCCGCCUUGAUGACCAUAGUGGUGAGAAAGAUGGUAUUUCCGCCUUCCCCAUGUCCAUGCUCAAUCUGGAAAUCUUCUAA